AUGUCUGACAGCGAAUCUAUUGACAUCCACGCGGUUGCUCUCAAACUGCCCGUUUUUGCCCCGACCAACCCUCGAGUGUGGUUUCGACAGAUAGAAGCCGUAUUUGCCACUCGACGUAUAACCAGCGAGCGCGUGAAGUACUCUCACGUUGUCCAAGCACUUCCCUUUGACAUCGCUGUUGACGUGGAAGAUCUCCUCGAUCCCAUUCCACCAGAAGCUCCUUACACGAAGCUUAAGGAAGCAGUCAUUCAGCGUACCGGAAAAUCAGCCGGAAAAAUGCUCCGUGAACUGUUCACGUCGGUGGAGCUCGGAGACCAAACUCCGUCCCAGCUUAUGCGCCACAUGCGGUCGCUACUGGCUGGACGGCAAAUGGACGACGCCAUUUUCAGGGAGAUAUGGGUUGAUAAACUACCUCUCCCGAUGCAGCAGGUCCUAUCAAUGCUGGAACCCACUACUCCACUUGACAAAGUUGCACAGCACGCCGACAGAAUAAUGGAAUGCUACCCGGCUGCUAGACCUUGCGUUCACAUGACAUCACCCUCCGAAACCACUCUGACGCACGAAUCCCCUUCGACAUUACCAGUUCCUGCCCCAGAUCGCCGUGGUCACGUUUCUCGCAGUCCUGAUUCCCCAUCCCAUCACUCGCAUAUCGAUAAGGACAUUACGGACCUAAAAGAAACCGUUCGCAUGUUGUGCAAUCAGAUCACGGUCCAGAAACCGCCGAUCACAAACGUGGUGUUGGUACCACCGCACUUUCGGCUCCAAGGCACGCCGCUGCGAUCCUCCAUGUUCAUUCCGCACUUACACUCCACAGUCAAACGACCAGGCCAGCCAGUAACGGCGACGACUUCGGCUGGCCCCCCACGCAAAAGUCGCCUGUUUUAUAUCGUUGACCGAUCCAGUGGUCUUCGAUUCCUCAUUGAUACCGGCGCCGAGAUCAGUGUAAUCCCCCCACCCAAACAUCACAGCCUCAAACCAUCUCACUUUACACUGCAAGCAGCAAACACAACAACUAUUGCUACAUUCGGCCAACGGUCCAUCACUCUUGAUUUAGGCCUCCGACGCUCUUUUCAAUGGGUUUUCAUCCAGGCAGAUGUCCAGACUCCCAUUAUUGGCGCGGAUUUCCUCUCACACUUUGGCCUAACAGUGGACCUCAAAAAUCGCAAGCUGGUAGACACCACAACCAAGCUUUGUGCAGUCGGCAUUGGUAAAUGCACCAACUCUCUGGGUAUUCGGCUGGCGAUCCCGCAAUCGCCGUUUGCUGACAUUUUGAAGGAGUUUCCAUCCCUCACUAAACCGUGUCAGUUCACCGACCCAGUCUCUCAUGCUGUGCAGCACCACAUCGCCACAAAAGGCCAACCUGUCCACUUUCAACCACGACGACUCAACGCCGACAAACUCCGUAUCGCACGCCUUGAAUUCGAACAUAUGAUGAAUCUUGGCAUCAUUCGACCGUCUUCAAGCCCAUGGGCCUCGCCUUUGCACAUGGUUCCAAAAUCAUUUGGUGAUUGGAGACCCUGUGGAGACUACCGUGCUCUCAACAACGUCACCGUCCCCGACAGGUACCCGAUCCCACACAUUCAUGAUUUUGCACAGAAUCUCUCUGGGAAGACAAUCUUUUCCAAGGUUGACCUCGUAAAGGCAUAUCACCAAAUCCCCGUGGCCGAAGAAGACAUUCCCAAGACAGCCAUCACCACGCCUUUUGGCCUGUUCGAGUUCAUUCGCAUGCCAUUUGGAUUGAGAAACGCUGCCCAGACGUUCCAACGAUUCGUCGAUGAAGUGCUUCGAGGUCUACCCUUCGCGUUUGGCUACAUCGACGACAUAUUAAUUGCCAGCGCCUCUCCAUCGGAGCAUGCCAGCCACUUGCGCCAACUCUUUCAACGUUUCCAACAAUACGGACUUCAGCUGAACCCUAGUAAAUGCGUGUUCGGUGUUCCGUCCCUCGACUUCCUCGGGCACCAUAUCGAUCAAAAAGGUUUGACACCCCUCCCAGAUAAGGUGCGCAGCAUCCUCUCAUUUCCUGCCCCUCAAACGAUCACACAGUUACGACGUUUCUUGGGAAUUUUGAACUACUACCGUCGCUUCAUUCCCCAUUGUGCGACCAUCGUUUCACCUUUAACCGAUCUUCUCAAGUCCAACGUCAAGACGAUCGAUUUCACUCCCGAGGCUGAGACAGCUUUCGCAGAAGCCAAAAAAGCUCUCGCGGAUGCCACCAUGCUGCACCAUCCACAUUCAGAUCCAAAUACUGAGUUAGUCCUAACGACUGAUGCAUCAAAUACUGCAGUCGGUGCAGUGCUUCACCAAAUAGUGGACAACCAAUUACAGCCCUUAGCGUUCUUCUCGCAAAAACUCCAGGCGGCACAGACAAAAUACAGCACAUUUUCUCGCGAACUCCUAGCCAUUUACUUGUCUAUCCGUCAUUUCCGCCACCUUUUGGAAGGACGACAAUUUCGUGUGCACACUGACCACAAACCCCUGACACACGCACUUCAUGCCAAGCCUGACCGACAUUCACCCAGAGAUAUCCGCUAUUUGGAUUAUAUUUCCCAGUUCACAACAGACAUCCGCUACGUGCAUGGAGUUGAUAAUGUUGUGGCUGAUGCAUUAUCCAGACCUGACAUCAACACGGUGCAGACUAAAUUCGAUCUUACGGAACUGGCAAACCUCCAGCGUGAUGAUCCAUCUUUGCUCGAACUGCGCACAUCCUCCACACUCCAGCUCAAGGAUUCUCCCCUACCUUUAGCCGAUGGCACAGUCCUAUGUGACUGGUCUACAGGUAACCCCCGUCCUAUCGUUCCAACUUGCUACAGGAAGAUCGUUUUCGAUCAUUUUCAUUCUCGUUCCCAUCCUGGUAUCCGUGCAUCUCGCAAACUCAUUUCUGCCAGAUUUGUUUGGCCCAAUAUGAAUUCUGACAUUGCAUUAUGGACUAAACAGUGUUUACAAUGUCAGAGAAACAAAGUCCACUGCCACACUUUUUCUCCGCCCAGUACGUUCACCGUUCCCGACGUCCGUUUCACACAUAUUCACGUCGAUCUUGUUGGUCCACUACCACCAUCAAAUGGACAUACCCACUUAUUAACCGUUGUUGAUCGUUUCACACGCUGGCCAGUGGCAGUACCCAUUUCCGACACCUCGGCAGAAAAUAUUGCGAAAGUACUACUCCAGCACUGGAUUGCUACAUUUGGUGUACCGUCUACCGUCACCACAGACCGUGGCAGCCAAUUCCAAUCGACUUUGUUUCGUGAGUUCACUAAACUGCUUGGCUGUAAACACAUCACAACAACUGCAUACCAUCCUUCGUCCAAUGGCAUGGUAGAGCGCCUACACCGUCAACUUAAAGCAGCACUGAUAUCACAGCCAAACCCCAAUAACUGGAGCGACAACCUGCCACUAGUUCUCUUAGGUCUGCGGUCAUCAGUCAAAGACGACCUCCACAGCACGUCGGCUGAGCUCGUUUUCGGUACCACCAUAUGCCUUCCAGGUGAGUAUGUUCAACCUAGCACCGAUGCCAGUCCUAACCCAUCCCAAUUUGUCCAACAACUCAAAGACCGUAUGUCACAUCUACGUCCAACACCCACUCGCUUGUCAUCCACACACGUUUUUGUACACAAUGAUCUACAUACGUCACCUUUCGUUUUUAUUCGUAACGAUGCUGUUCGCAAACCACUCACACCACCGUAUGAUGGUCCAUUUAAAGUGCUUAGUCGCACAGACAAAUAUUUCGUGGUUCAAAAAGCCGAUAAGCCAGACACAGUUUCCAUUGACAGAUUAAAACCCGCGCAUUUUGAUACACCUCCAUCACCAACCACACCGACACCAUCACCAUCCACGGACACACCACCAACAAUUCCUGUUGAUAAUCCAAACUCUAUCAUCACACCAGACACUACACCACACCCGCCAGCACCACCACAGCAAAAACCCACCCUGGUAACCCGCCGUUCCGGCAGAAACGUUCGACAUCCUGUCAGAUUUCAAGACUUUGUUAGUUGA